UUAAAAAUUUGGUGCGAUCACUGUGACGCUGUUGUUGUGGAGGUAGAACGUUUUCGCUUUCGUUUAUCAGCAAAAGUCACUUUUUAAAGUAGCCAGCAAAGGGUCACUAUGUCAGCGAACGUCUAUGAAGCUGAGCCCAUGAAAGUCGAUGAUGAAGAAGUUCUAUUUGUCCUCUCAUUGAAGUGGACAAAUCUAAAAGAACCACAAAAAGUGAAGAGGCUUGAGACUCGUCUACAUAGAACGCUUCAGACUUGGUUCAAUAAAUGCAAACAUAAUGUGGACUGUGCAGUGGAAAGGACCUUAAAAGAUGGCCGUGUUGUGGUAAAGGCUAAACCAGCUCCAGCCCUGGCUGAUCUUCAGAAACUGAAUAACCAAACACUAACUGGGAGGGAUGGACAAUCAGUCACCAUAAUAUCCAUCAGUCUCACACUGCCAUCUCCAGAGCUCGAUACACAAGUACCAGAGGAUGCUUCAAUUAACCUUUCUGCAUCUCUGCAAGAGUUACAAACGGAACAGGUUCAAAAAAGUGAACAAAGUAAUGCCCCUAGAGAAGAGGUGCACUCUUGUUCCGUCCCAGUGGGUCCUUUCUGGUAUGUGAGCCACAUGUAUGAAGAGGAAAUAAAACGUAUAGAGAAAGAGAAUGGAGUUAAAAUCAUGGCAGAUGUGAAGGUGAGAUUUGAAGAAGAUCAAAAACAUGGGAGACCAGACCGUGCUCUCGAGGAGUUUGAAAACCUUGUCCAGAAAAGCUUAGUUGAAUCCUGUGGCUCAGUUAUUCCCCUCAAGUUCAUAGAGUCAGAUGAGUGGGGCAACGCCCUGAAAACCAUCCAGAAAAAGGAAAGUAAGCUUUUGGUUACUCUGACUUCUGAUGUAAUGACUGUGCGUGGGCCAGGACAAAGUCAAGAUGUUAUGAGUAAGUGCUUAUAUGCAGAUGCAAUGCAGACAACAAACACACAUGGUUCUCUUGCUCAGUUUUAUGACCAAGUUCAGGUGGGGAAACAGAGUAGCACAGUUUCUGCAGAUGAAGAAAUGUACACUUGUUUUGUCCCAGUGGGUCAUUUCUGGUAUGUGAGCCACAUGUACGAAGAGGAAAUGAAACGUAUAGAGGAAAAGAAUGGAGUAAAAAUCAGGGCAGAUGUGAAGGUGAGAUAUGAAGAAGACCAAAAACAUGGGAGACCAGACGGUGCUCUCGAGGAGUUUGCAAACCUUGUCCAGAAAAGCUUAGCUGAAUCCAGUGGCUCAGUUAUUCCUUUCAAGUUCAUAGAGUCAGAUCAGUGGGGCGAUGCACUGAAAACCAUCCUGGAAAAGAAAAACAAGCUUUUGAUUACUCUGACCUCUGAAACAAUGACUGUACGUGGGCCAGGACAAAGUCAAGAGGCCAUCAAAAAGUUCUUAAAUGCAGAUACACAUCGGAAAAGAAACACAGAUGCUUCUCAUCAAGAGUAUGAAAGAGAGACUCAAGAAUCACUGAAGAUUGACAUGACCAUCAAAGAUGAUUUCCCGCAUGCAGGACUGAUCAUUGAGAAGACAUUUUGGAAGUUAAUGACUAACUCUUAUAACAAGCAAAUAGAAAAGAUCAAAGCUAAGUUUAACGUAGCAUUCAAAGAUUCAGACAUUGGUCAAGGCAAAGUUAAUGUCACAGCUUUCUACAAGAAAGAAGGAAAUGCCUCAAUGGAGAGCCACGCCCUCAGAGCACUUCUCUGUCUACACCAGAGGUUUGUUUCAUCCUAA